CUCAUGGGCUGUUGUGUCUUCGAAUGGAGGGCCUCUUUUCAGUGCCGAUAAAAGUUCCCCCGGAUCGAGUUGGGUCGCAAAAUUUUCCACAGCCCCCGACCCUGCCACGCGUAGAACGAGAUAGUCGCCGGAUUAGCUGACCGGACCCCGUACCCCCCUGGACGAGUACCACGCACAAUGGGCAUGUUUCUGGCGCAGAAUAGGCGAUUCUGCCGCGGCUUUGUUAUUAACAGAGUUUGCCAGAGCUUGAGAAACUUUGCAGCCGCUAACGAUAACACCAAAAACAAGAACAUCAACAAUAGCAGCAACAACAAUGAUAAAGCGGCCUCUGUGGACAAGUGCCACCCCCUGCAGGGUGUUCGGAUAUUGGACCUCACGCGCAUCAUAGCCGGCCCCUACUGCACCAUGGUAUUGGCCGACCUGGGCGCGGAAGUCAUCAAGGUGGAGCGUCCCCACUUCGGUGACGAGGCCCGAAAAUGGGGUCCACCGUUUCUGGAAAACUCGCCGGAUUCCGUCUACUUUUUGGCCCCGAAUCGCAACAAGAGGAGCAUCUGCAUCGAUAUAAAGCGUGGCUCGAAGCUACUGCACAAGCUGGUCGAGAUUAGCGACGUUCUGGUGGAGAACUACGUGCCCGGCACUCUGGAGCGUUAUGGCCUGGGCUACGAGCAGUUGAAGAAGGUCAAUCCAAAGCUGAUCUAUUGCUCUUUGACGGGGUAUGGGUCCGAGGGACCGUAUGCGAAGCGACCGGGAUACGACGUGAUUGCCUCUUCGGUCGGAGGACUCCUGCACAUCACCGGCGAACGCGAUGGACCGCCCAGUAAAGUGGGAGUGGCCGUGACUGACAUAGCAACGGGUCUGUAUGCUCACGGAGCCAUUUUGGCGGCACUCUACCAGCGGUAUGGGACGCAGCGCGGCCAGAAGAUCGAUGUGAACCUGCUGUCCACCUGCUGCUCGAUGCUCAUCAAUGUGGGUACCAACUAUUUGAACGCCGGCGAAGAAGCAGAGCGCUGGGGCACAGCCCACUCCAGCAUUGUGCCCUACGAAAGCUUCAGGACGAAGGAUGGCUAUCUCACCUUGGGCACCGGAAGCGACGCCCAGUUCCAGGAACUGUGUAAACGCCUGGACGUGGAGUCCAUAUCACAGGAUGCCAAGUUCAAAACAAACAAGGACCGUGUCAAGCACCGGGUGGAGUUGGUGCAGCUUCUGGAACGAAUCCUGUCCAAGGACACCUCCAAAAAUUGGAUGAAGUGCUUCGAGGGCGCAUCGUUUCCCGUGGGACCUGUGAACAGUAUUCGAGAAGUGUUCGAUGACGAGCACAUCCAGGCCAUUGGCCUUGUCAAGACCCUGCCACAUCCAAAGGCUGGCUCCGUUAAGGUGGUGGGACCACCAGUGGUGUACAGCGAUGCUCGGAACGAUGCCCGUACAGCUCCGCCGAUGCUGGGCGAGCACACGGACGAGGUAUUGGGCGAGCUACUGGACUACAAACAGGAGGAGUUGGCCGAGCUACGGGAGCAAGGUAUUAUUCAAUAGGAUCUAUCGCUUCACUCGGUCUAGGAAUCUUUUGGAACCAAAACUAAGUUUGGAAUUUUGGUAUGAAACCCGGUGUUAUACGGAAAAUGAAAUUAUAUAAUUUCAUAUAUUCAUAUCAACCAUAAAAUUUUAACACAAUGCUACAAAACUCAGAAAUAUUUUAAGAUAAAAGAUCAAUUAAAAUA